CUGGACAGUCCGGUCAACUCAACAUCAAAUCAAGCUCACAGCUCCAAGUAGUCACUACUAGCAAACAAAACACAAAUCAAACAAUCAACAUGAAAUUCUUCGCCGUAUGCUUCUUCGCUGUUGUGGCUGUGGCUGCUGCCAAGCCCGGAAUUGUGGCUCCUCUGGCCGCCGCUCCUCUGGCUUAUACCGCUCCAGCUGUAGUGGGCAGUGCCGCCUACGUGGCUCCCUAUGCCUCCAGCUACACGGCCAACACGGUGGCCCACAGCGCCGCCUUCCCCGCAGCCUAUACCGCCGCCUACACCUCCCCCAUUGCCGCUGCCUAUACUGCUCCAGUUGCCGCUGCCUAUACCGCUCCAGUUGCCGCUGCCUAUACCGCUCCAGUGGCCCGCUUUGCCGCCCCCUACGCCGCCGCCUACACCUCUCCCUUGGCCUACAGCUCGCCCUAUGUGGCCACCGCUGCCGCUCCUCUGCUGCUGAAGAAGUAACUCAACUCAACAGAUGGUGAACCCUACCGAAAAUAAUACCCGCUUUGACUUUUAUUUUCCCGAACUCCAACAUGCGAUUUUAAAAUUGAAUAAAACAUUCUAAAGUU